AUGCGUGAUGCCAAAGUCUGCAUUUCGAAGGAUGCGGUCCCUCUCCACGCUAUCUACGCCCAACGAGAAGGCAUCAUGGAAACUUUAAAGAGACUUGAUCGACGCCUGCAUCAUCUUGUCAGACAGUAUCAGGAAGUCCUAGGCGCGCCUUCUGCAGAUGCCACCCGGAACGGCGAUUCUUCUCGACGAAAAUAUCCCAUAUUUAUCGGAUUCAUUGUCUCUGGUCCGACAGUUGUCAUUCUCACUCGCAAUUCGGAUCCGACGAUCGAAAGCGAGAACUCAGAUAGCACCUUUAUGUGUCAGUUUGAUCUGGGAGAAAGAGGCCAGGAUGUGUGGAACUCUCUUGCUAUCGCGAUCACGGUCAUGCAUAUCCGCCGUAAUAUGCUGCAGUUGGCGGAGGAUGGCGUGGCUGGAUAUAGAAAGCUUUUGGAGGGAGAGGAAAUGGAUGUAGGCCCAGAUGUGGAUCUUUAA